AUGGCCAUUCUCACACUUCAACCGGCAAUCCCUCAGGCCCAAGGCCUCAUCUCUGCAGGCCUCCAGUCGCGUAUACUGUCUCCCACAGACGCCGACUUCACGGCCCGACAAGAAUCGUACUGGUCAAACAGCGCCAAGAUUACGCCCGCGUGUACCGUACAGCCACAAUCGGCGGAAGAAGUCGCAAUUUCCGUCAAAGCCCCUGUUGCUGCUGGUCAAAAGUUCGGCGUCCGGAGUGGCGGGCACACCAACUGGGCGGGAUCAAAAAACAUCCAAGACGGAGUGACGAGUGACCUCCGCGAGGUCUAUGCCGAGCUCGACAAGCAUAGGCGCGCGGUCACUGGUGGUCGUGGGGGCAAUGUUGGAGCCGCUGGUCUCUUGCUCGGUGGCGGAAACACUUUCUUCACCGCACGUCAGGGAUUCGCAUGCGAUAAUAUCGUUUCGUACCGGGUCGUCCUCGCUAACGGCACCGUGGUGAACGCGGACGAGCAGACCAAUACAGACCUCUUUCACGCCCUCAAGGGCGGCUCAAUCAACUUUGGCGUCGCUACCGGGUUCACCAUGACGGACAUUCGAUAUGACAAGGUGUGGGGUGGCAUGACAUUCUUCCCGAAGCAGGCGAUUUCUGGUGCCAUUGAGGUCUUAUCGUCAUUCACUGACAAUGUGCCCAAAUACAUCAACAGCAACCUGGUUACCAUUUUCACCCAUAUGCCAGACUUCAAGGAUAUCGUCGUUGCCACCCUCUAUGCGAACUUGGCCGGCAUUAAGAAGCCUCCAGCAUAUAAAAAGUAG